AUGACCGACAGACUUACGCAGCUCCAGGUAUGCUUGGACCAGCUUGUUGCGCAGUUCAACUCCACCAUCAAUUACGCAAACACACAGAGCGAUCUCGCACUCCUAGAUUCCAACCCCAACUCUGUAAUCAACUUGGCAGCAAGCGCCCCUCUUCCAGGUAGAAAAGACGGAGAGGGAAGAGACGGCGAUUCAAAAGCAAGCCCUGGAAACGGAAAUGUCAAUCCGGCGUUUGACGACGUCAUAAAUGAGCUCUCGACGGAUCUAAUUUUGAAGUCGCGGCAAAUCAGCAUGAUAAUCGACUCGCUCCCUGGGAUUGGCACCUUGCCCGAAACUCAGAUGAAUAUGAUAAGUGAACUCAUGGACGAAUUAAAAGAGACCGAGCAGGAGAGGGUCCGAAAAAUAGAGGAAAAGGACCGUCUUUUGAGGUGGUGCGAGGAGCUCAUCAUGGAUGUAUCUGCGGGCAUUUAUGAGACACGGACGUGA